UUCCGAGGCUAGCUUGAUUACUUUGACGACCAAGAAAAUCAUCACAAAAGUUGUGUUAUUUUUCACUUUUCUCCUUAGUUAUUCAAACAAAUUGAAGAUGAGUAACGCAAAUAAAAACAAGAUGAUCAUGUGUGACAGAUUACAAAAAAUGACGCAUUUUAAUAAACACGAAAUUGAACAACUAUUCGAUAAGUUUCAAUGCAUGUGCAAACUUACCAUAAAAGACAAACCUGGAAAGAUGGAUAGAUUGAUGUUUCGGGACUUCAUUCAAAAUGACUUCAACAUGACAGAUGACAUACUUAUGGAUAGAGUUUUCAAAGCCUAUGACCUAGACAAUGAUUCAUACAUAAGUGUAGAGGAAUGGAUCAAGGGCCUGUCUGUUACACUGAAAGGUGGUCUUGAAGAAAAAAUAAAGCAUGUAUUUGAUGUUUAUGAUCUAAAUGCUGAUGGCUAUAUAUCCAGAGAAGAAAUGUUUCAAAUGUUAAAGCAAUGUUUAGUCAAGCAACCAACAGAGGAAGAUCCCGAUGAAGGCAUCAAAGACUUAGUGGAACUUGCACUUAAAAAAUUGGAUCUUGAUCAUGAUUCUAAACUGUCAUUUAAAGAUUUUCAUGAUUCCAUAUCAGAGGAACCACUUCUACUAGAAGCAUUUGGACCCUGUCUGCCAGAUGAAAAGGUCAACAAAAUGUUUCAAGAAGGAUUGAAAGAGGCAGUUGGAAACAGCCGUUAACAGAUUUAAAUCAUAAAUAACUUUAGGUUCAUCUAUAGUAUGAGCUGCAUGGACACGAAGAAUCAUACACAUUUUUGUGGAUUAUUUUCUCUUGGACAGUAUCAUGGACCAUAAAACAUCUAGGUCACUCGUUAGAUGACACACAAUAAUUGUUCACUUUCGAUUAUAUCAUUUAUCACUUAAUGUAACCUUUCUCAUCUCACACUUCUUUACAUUCACUAUCACAUAUCACAGACUUUGUCAUGCUGGUUUGUCAUUUUAACAUAAUUGCUUAAAUGUAUUGUUUUAACAUUUACACAUAUAACAUGACUGUGUACAUUUUAACAUGACAGCUAACAAUUCUUUUAUAUUUAGAGGCUGUUAGUAUACCAACCAUUGAUAUUGAUGUAAUCAUUGAUUUACAUAGGAAUGGAGAAGAA